GCAAAAUCUCAUAUAGUCAUAUUCUUUCCGGAACUCUCAUCUCCGUUUCCCGUUCUGGAAAGAAUGGAGAAGUUCAACCCCUCCCGCCUCCCACAGCCCACAACCAAAGGCCCAUCGCAAAGAGUAAGCAAGCGAGUCAUUCCGAGGCUGGACCAGGCGGCGACGGAGUCCGGGAGUGGCGGCAGGAAGGUGGAGAGGUUCUCGCACUACGUGGAGAGGCAUCUAGGAUUCUUAGAUCCGAGCAAGUGUCGGCAACUGUGCAGAGGCUUGAUUGAUCGAAUUCGCAGUACAUUCUGCCCGAAGAAUCGCAGAGGUCGCACUUCUUCAUUGUUCCCCCUUGUGAUUUACUCUAAGAUUCGCCUGCUCUGUUUUGCUUUUAAUUAAGCGGAAAAAGGAAAGUUUAGAAGAGAGCAGACUACUCCCCUGCAGCGGGUGAUGAACGGUCAAUUCGCCUGCUCUGUAUUUCUUCCGUUGCUCAGGUGAUGAACGGUCAAUCGGAUUAGAGGCCGAAGCUCAAAAGCUUUGUAAUAGCCACCGCCCACCACCAGAUAGACGCCAGUCUCCCUGUAGCUGUAUUUUCUCGCAUAGAAUGAGAUAGGGGUUGUUUGUUUUGUCAAUUUUGUAUUAGGUUUGUUAAGGUUACUUAAGUAAUUUUACACUUUUAAGUUAGGGCGAUAAAAUAAAUUAGGGC